AUGGGGAGCGCCUAUGGGAUUUUAUCACAAAGCUCUGCUGAAAAAAAUCAACAGAACGUAGCGUGCAGAUCUUACCGAGGGGUACACGAUACAGUUGACCACUUUCGCUUUCAUGCAUAUGCGUCAUGUUUUACUUUCCUUUUUUACCAAUUAAAUCCAAAAACUUAUUCAAAUUCUUCCGAAAGCCAACCAGUCGUAGACUUCAUAUACAAAAGACAGAUAAGACAACUUGAUACAUGGGAUUAUGAAAAUGAAACUGUGAAAUCAAAUGUGUGCUCAUUUCUGUCACGUGACGAAUGCCAGCGAUGGAUAUUAUGCUGUGAAGCCGCAGACAAUUGUUGCGAACGUCAGUUGGCACUUCCGGUGAAAACAAAUGAAACCUGUGGUAGGAUAUGGGACGGAUGGCUGUGUUGGGACGAAGCUGAUCGAGGAACACUCCAGUAUAGUUCCUGUCCUCUCUUCGUACCAUACUUUAUGCCAUCACGUCAGGCAGUCAGGCUGUGUGGCGAUAAUGGUAAAUGGAUACAGAAAACCGACUACAGUCCUUGUCUCAAGAAAGAGGAAUUGGAGACGACAAUAUUUACUGGCCUUGGAUGUAGUGUCACAAGCAUUGUGUUUCUUCUUCCAUCCAUCAUUAUAUUCCUAAAAUACAAAACACUGCGAAAUCAACACAGAAUACGUCUUCACAUCAAUUUAUUUCUGUCUUUGAUGCUUAAAGAAGUAAUGGAAAUCAUGUGGGAUAUGUUAGUAACUUAUGACAAGGUCACAAGUACAGAAGUCGCAGAUGCCGCACUGAUUAAAAACGGGGUAGGCUGCAAGUUACUGUCCUUUAUGAAGAUUUACUUUAAAUGUUGCUGUUAUACCUGGAUGUUCUGUGAGGGAUUUUACCUUCACAGGUUGAUGUCUAAUGCUUUUUCCCCUCCCAGCUCAUUACUUCCCAUUUAUGUACUCGGAUGGACUAUACCCCUCGUGUCUUCCUCCAUAUACGGAGUUUUACGUGGCAUCUACAACGAUGAAAGUUGUUGGGCAUAUGGAUAUAAUAAUUUUGAGUGGAUAUUUGACGCCCCAAAUGUCGUUUUCCUAGUGCUUAAUUUGGUUUUCCUGACAAAUAUUCUGCGUAUUCUCUUGACACAACUACAAUCGCAUCCAAAUGAGCCAGGAAAUUUCAGAAAAGCUGUAAAAGCCACAUUUAUUCUGAUUCCUCUAUUUGGGAUACAAUUAUUUGUCACCAUAUACCGAGUCCCCAUCAGUGAAGAAGGAGGACUAGAGUACGAAAGAGUCACCGUCAUCGUGAACCAUACACAGGGCUUUUUCGUGGCCAUGGUGUUUUGUUUCCUAAAUACAGAGGUAAUAUCAAACCUGCGGAGAAGUUGGCGACAUCAAACAAGAAACAGAUCACUCUCAUCUUCAAAGCGCCUAAAUCACACCAUUCAUCACACACUCUCUGUACGAUCGGAAUAUGACGUCACUAGAGAUUAUAACCAAUCAAAAAACUCCUUACUGGAGACAGGACAGGAAACUGAAGAGAUUGAGUUGAAAGAAACAUCUUUAUUGAAUGGACAUCGAGAAAAUGUAUCUUUAGAAUAA